AUGGUGGCGUCGUGUUCAACCUGCGAAGAAAAUCAAAACCAAAAUCCUGCCCAGCCACUGCAACCUGUUGAGGCCCCGCUGCAUCCUUUCCAGAUCGUGGGCUCAGACCUGUUUGACUUCAAAGGAGUUCCCUAUUUGCUCGUCGUCGACUACUACAGUAAAUGGCCAUGUUUUGUCCUACUAAAGUCAACGGUCUCGUCUGCAAUCAUCGCAUACCUCGAUCGGAUUUUCGCCGAUUAUGAGAUUCCAUCCGUGCUAGGGUCCGACAAUGUACCCCAAUACGGAAGUGCAGAGUUCCGGCGCUAUUGUGCCUCCAUGGGCAUUCAACACACCACUUCAAAUCCAGAAUACCCGCAGUCUAAUGGGUUGGCCGAGAGAACCGUACAGACGGUGAAAAAACGGAUCGUAAAAAUGCUAGACGACGUGAAAACGGCGUGGGAUGCUUUCGCCGUAAUUCGUUCAACACCCCUGUCCUCAACUCUUUCCUCACCCACCAUCCUCCAACAAGGCCGCCACUUCAGUGGCGCUCUUCCUUACGCCUUCUCCACACUCCAGCCCAGGGUCGUUAGUGCGCCAACGUCCGGCAGCAGUUACAGAAAAGCAAUGCAGCAGCGUCAUUCAACCAUGGCAUUUUCCCCACCACCCAUGGUUCCGUUUUGUCCGUCGGGCAGACGGCCCAAGUUCGCGUUUCCAGAAAGUGGAUUCCGGGUAAUGUUACAAAGAGAUAAGCCUUCCGUCUGGUUCAAGAAGCAAUCGAAAAUAUUCCAGACCAUGCCUAAUGAGGAUGGCUGUUCCGUUUUUGUUGGGACCGACGUUUGCUAG